GAACUAUUUCUGGAGGGAGGCGGAGGAGAGGCCAGCAGCAGGGACUCUUGAUCGGGCUGAGCCUGGCUCCUGGCUGCGGAGGGAGGGCUGGGGACCAUGGAGCCCUGGUGGUCUCGCCAGGCCAGCAAAGGGGGCCCCUCGCCCAGCAGAGUCCCCUGCAGAAAUUUUGCCCGCGGAGCCUGCAGAUGGGGUCAGAACUGCCGAUUCUCCCAUGAUAGGAAGACUACUCAGAUCUGCAAGUAUUUCCAGAAUGGAUUCUGUGGUUAUGGAGACCGAUGCAGCUACCAGCAUAUCCAGGAAGUGCCAGUCUUGAGCAGAUGUGGCUCAGAGUCUGCCUACCAUGGAUUGCAAGGAGGUGUAUUGUCACUGAAUCGUCGGGGCUCAGAGCCAGCCAUUUUACCAGAAGCUUCAGUAAGGAGCUGGGGUGGUGCCCGGCGUGAUUCUGAACCCACUUUCUCAAGCAUGGAACAGUUACAGAUGAACUUCGGAAGCAUGAGCAUGUCGUUGGAUGAGGGAGAUGAAGAUGCAGAAAAAGCUAUCCCUCCUUUGCAUCCCCCGAAUUGGGCCCUCAGUAAAGAAUUUGUCCCCAGGGAGGCAACCUCAGAUUCUAGAUCCCAUGAGAAGAAAACUGACACCACAUCCUUGAUGCCAGGAGUUGUGCCCACUAAGGAGGCUGCUCUUGCUUCUCUGGUUUCAGAGGAACCAAAGGCAGCUGGGAGUUCAGGAGCAACAUCAGGUGCUACAGCUGCUGCAGUGGCACAGAGUGAGGAUGUGGUAUGUGGCAUCUGCAUGGACAAGGUUUCUCAGAAGGCCUUACCUGAGGAACGUCUUUUUGGCAUUCUUCCCAAUUGUACCCAUGCCUAUUGUGUUGGUUGCAUCCGGAAGUGGCGGAAGAGUCGCGACUUUCACAGUACAGUAAUAAAGGGCUGUCCAGAAUGCAGAGUCACUUCAACUUAUUUUAUCCCCAACAAGUACUGGGUUUUUGAAUCAGAAGAGAAAGAAAAACUGAUUGAGACUUUCAAGGCACGGACUAGCAAAAUAAGGUGCAAAUUCUUUGUCAGAGGCAAUGGUCAAUGCCCAUUUAAAUCAGAGUGUAUCUACUUGCAUGAACUUCCUAGAGGCCACCUUCCUGCUGCAAGGCCACGACAAAGACCUGAACGGCGGAGACGGCAACCCAUUGCCUAUAAUCUAUCUCCAUCUGACAGCUCGGAUGAGGAGGAUGAUGACAUGUACCUUGUCCAGUGGGCUCUUACCUUUGCACUCCUGCAUAGAGAUAGAGACUUCGACUUUUCAGACUUUCUCUGGGAUUCAAGUGAUUCUUCUGACUAGAUGAUGAUGACGACAAUGUCUUCUUUGGAGGCUGUGUGUAGCUGGCUCUGGGAACAGUCGUAAUGAAAUGUGAAGCUGUGGCUUGAAGGAUGGGUGUGGAAUGAAAAAUGUCUUGACUCUUGAUCAGCUUAAUGGCUCUUAGUUGUUUGGCAGGUCUUUAGAGUAUUUCUUCUGGAAUGCAUAGACUGGGGGAACAUGAUGCAAGGGACUCAUUCUAUAUUAGGCAAGGCUUCCUGAUCCACAGGCCAAGCUAGUGCUAUCUCCACUUUUGGCACAUUGUAUUUUUAUAUCUUACAGAUUGCACUGCCAUUCUCCUGUCCUGUGCUUGUGUAGAUAUUCACAUCUCCUCCUUCCUGCCCUUACAGUUAAUUGCAUCCUGGGUUUCUGACAUGGGAUCCAUGGAGAGUCUCCCAGCUGUGUCACUUCUAAAAGGUUACCAGGUUUUAUGGAGCUCAGUCUCUGUGUACUCUGGAGUGGCUGAGUGUUUUGGUGUGUUCAUGCUGCUGCGUAUUUGUUUCCUCAGGAAGGCAGGGUUGCUGAGCAGUGCUAUUAUCUACAGCAGGUAGCACGUGCAUCUUGUUGUUGUGUAGCAGUACUGUUGGGUGUCUAUACAGUAGGCCAGAUGUAGGUGCAGGGAGAGACUUAGUGGGGGGGAGUGUAAGCUAAACCUCUAUUUUUUAUUGAUGCAGUGAUCAAUUUGUAUCAGAAGCUUAACUCAGUAAUUUAACCUUAAGAUCAGGGGUCAGUAAGCCCCCAUAUGUAUUUUUUAAUUCUGGAAUAAUCUAGAGAAUGUGAAAUAAAAUGAGCUUUAAAAAUUAA